CCGACCUCAGCCAACAUGCACCUGCUCCUAUACGCAAUCUUUUUUCAGAUGACAACUGUAGCCCACUCGUCCGUGAUUCAAGACAUCGGGGUUGCUUCGGUUAGCGUUGGGGGUAGCGUGACCCUGCAAUGCUACUACAACAGCACACAGGUGGCCAGCCAUUACUCGUGGUACAGGCAGCGACUCGGAGGAAGCCCCACGGUCCUCUCCACCAUUUACAAGUUCGAUACCCCGUCCAAGAUGGUUUCGCUCGAGAAACACCCACGGUUCGCUGUCCAGAGGCAAGAAGGACAAAACCAUCUCCAUAUCACCAAUGUUCAACCUCAAGACAUGGCUCUCUACUUCUGUGGCAGCUCCCAUAACAACAUAGUGGAGUUUGGAGAAGGGAUUUUUCUCAAUGUCAAAGUUCCAACAAAGUCCAUCUCCAAACAUGUGACCCAGGAGCCUACGUUAGCCUUGGCAGUCCCAGGAUCUUCUGUAACGCUAAACUGUUCCGUGAGGCCGGGGACAUGCACAGAGGACCACAGCGUCUAUUGGCUCAAACAGGGCUCUGAACUGGGCCUUCUCCACACCCACGGGUCCAGAUGUAAACCACACGGUCCUAAGUCUGGAGCGCAGAGCUGCAGAUACCACCUACAGAAGCACAGCGUGAGUAAGGGGGAUGCGGGCACGUACUACUGCGCUGUGGCCUCCUGCGGGGAAGUCCUGUUUGGGAAUGGGACAGUUCUACAAGUCAGCGACCCAAAUGACGUCCACAUCGUAGUUCUGGUUUGGUUGUCCAUCGUGAGGACGGGGGUGCUGCUGCUUCUGAUCAGCAUGUGUCUGUUAGUCUACUGCAUCAGGAGCACAUAAGGAAAA